AUGUUUGCCUUUAGCUGCGCCCCUGGAAUUGCAGAGCUUCUAGUUUUCCUGUUAUGUUGUUCCAGUGUUUUCGCUGCUGACUGCAAUUCGACAUGGAUCAAGUCCGCGGCUGACGCGGACGCACUUCGUCAGGAUUGUCCGAUAGUCUAUGGUCACGUUGGAAUUGGUCCAUUCAACGGCACCUCCACCGUUCAUAUCAACCUUGACGGUAUCACGAUGAUUGGAGGCACCCUGGGGGAAUAUCCCUAUUCUCGACACGAAUACGACACGCAACCGUUCUAUACACUCUCCAGUUCAACUCUGAGGUCGGUUGAUGCAGUUGAAAUUGGGCACUACGAUUCCAAGAUAGUGAAUCUCACACUUCCCAGCCUGGAUUACGUGGAUGACUAUUUCAAGGUCGGGCAAUCUGCCUAUGAUCUCACCUACUUGGACAUAACGAGUUUGGAAACCGCGUCGACAAUUAAGCUUUAUGCCCCGAAUCUCACCACUCUGCACCACACAAGGCUACGGAAUGUGUUAGCAUUGAUUGUCUACCCGAUGAAGAUUGACUCGCUGGACAGCUUGGCUAAUAAUCCCAUCGCCUUGGAGGACGCCUCGUUCGAUGGUCCAUUUCCAAACGUCAACAACAUUACUAUCGGAUUCACGUCUGUGGAGGACCUCAGAAUCAAUGAUAACUCACUUGUUGUCCUAGGAGGCACCUCGACAAAAGACAUGAAUAUCACACAAUUCAAAUUGUCCGGAGAUGUUACAGAUUUGAAGCGCAGCGCACAACUCAAUUCACUUGAGAUUGACACUCUGGCUUUGACAGCCUCGAGUUCCAUCACUGACUUAGAACUACCGUUUGAAAAUCUCCGCUCUCUCAAGAUCCAAGAGACCCGUUCUCUAAAGUCUAUCACACUUCCACCUCAAGCCCUGGACUGGACAGGCGGCUUUCACCUCUACGUCGCAACGGCCCCCGAUCUAAAUCUGACCUCGCUAUACAGUGAAGACAAUAGCACUCAGACUUGGUACUGGCCAAGAAAUGUCUCUUACAUUAAUUUGAUAGAUAUCACUACAUCGACUGAAUUUUUCGAUCCGUUUUUGGCUCAGCAAAAUGCCCCCUUGGAUAGCAAAUACCCCCCUUCGGUCUUAACUAGCUUCUCGAUUCUCCCAUCAAGAAACUCGACAAGCUUCAAUUGCACACCCUUCAAUGAACUUCUGGAAUCUGGUCGUUUGCCGAAAGCUGGGCAUGCGAUAAAUUGCCUAGAUACGACGAGGCCUACCAAUGGCGCUAUUGCUGCUCAUCUACCGAUUUCCUGGAUCGCUAUCAGUGUCGCAUUUUGGAUCUUUAACUGCAUACUCUGA